AUGGAGCCAAAUAAAGACCUUGUAGUCGCAAAGCUGGUGAUGGCCGAUCCAGGCCUACCCCGACCGAAACCGACCCAGUCAUACUGGCAACAGGUCCCUCAUGAACUAGCAAACGCACAAUCCCCGAACCUUCCUACCGAACGAGACUUCGCUAUCAUUGGGUCUGGAAUUACUGGGCUUGCCGUCGCCAAAUCGCUACUAGAGCAACACCCAGCAGCAACAGUCACCGUGUUCGAAGCUCGAACCCUCUGCUCUGGUGCGACGGGGCGCAAUGGAGGCCAGAUGGCCGCCAACGUGGGCGAAGAAUAUAUGCAUCUUGCCGAAGCCCACGGACCGGAGAUGGCGGGGAGGAUUGUAUCAUUUACGUUCCGGAAUCUGCAGAGGAUGCAAGAGUUGAUCAAGGAAUAUGAUGCCGUGGAGACGAGCGAGGUGCAGCAACUUCAAAAGCUGCGGGCCUUUUUGACUGAGGACACCUUCCGAAAUUUCAAGCUGAGCAUCGCGCGUUUGGAAUCGGAUCACCCUUCGUGGAAAGGCCUGUACACAAUCCUUGACAAGGAGACUCUUAGAAAGAAGCAUGGAAUCCACGGCGCUGAAGGAGGCGCAUUGCUUCCCGCUGGGACCGUAUGGCCCUAUCGCCUUGUGACCAAAGUGUUCGCGGCUUUGAUGAAGAAGUACCCAAACCGACUUACUAUCGAAACGAGUACGCCCGUUCAGGCAAUCGAGCAUGAAUCCAACUUCGUCACACCAGUGACAUCCGUGUUUCCAUACAUCGUCCGGACCCCUCGAGGCUCCCUACGUGCCGGAAAUGUAGUUUACUGCACCAAUGGCUACACGGGACAUCUCAUCCCCAAGCUCCGGGGCCGCAUUCAUCCCUUCAAAGGCACAAUGACGGUUCAAGAUCCUGGAGACGCAAUGCCAAAUCAAGGAGAAUCUUUCUCGUGGGGAUUCCACUACCCAAUCACAUAUGAUCCCGCGACCAAGGUAUCCGGCCAUGGACUGUAUUAUUUGGGACAGAGUGCGAAGACUGGAUUUUUCUAUUUUGGAGGCGAGAAUGCUCGAAUAGAGCACGUCAUCUCGGCUGAUGAUAGUUUUGUGGAUAAGAAAUCUGUGACCCAUCUGCAGUCUGUUCUCCCAAAGUUCUUCGGCAAGAGUGCCAUGUUGCCCUGGAAGGUAGUUAGCUCUUGGAGUGGGAUUAUGGGAUUCUCAUCUGAUGGGUUGCCUCUGGUCGGACGACUCCCGUCAUCACUAACCGGUCGCAAUGGCGAAGGAGAGUGGAUUGCUGCCGCUUUCAAUGGUUAUGGCAUGGCGAAUUGUUUGAUGACUGGCGAAGCACUGGUAUCUGAGAUACUUGGAAAUGGCACUGGCGACUGGCUUCCAGACGCGUAUGGACUUAGCGAGAAGCGGUUGCGAGAUAUUCUCACGACACCUAAGUCUAUUAAGGCUUUGACGUCUAAGCUAUGA